CAUUAUUCUUUACUUAUAGUUCAACGUGUGCUGUCGGUUAGUAACGUAUAAAAUACGCCCAUUUCAAAAUUAGUGUUUGUGUGUAAAAUUAAAAUAGAAAUGGAAGAAGUUUUAAAAAAAAGGUUAGCACAAAAUGUGACCGAUUGUGAUAAUUCGGGAAAUAAAAAUGUUGUGUCUGAAUCUGACGAACCAGGUAUGUUUAAAUAUCAAUCUUUUGUCAGCGAUAUUGAUGAAAAUAUUGACGCCUUCAAGAUGCUAAGACUUGAUUCUGCAGCUGCCGAAAAUGUUAUGGAUUGUGCUAAUUUUGAAAAUAAAAAUGUUAUGCUUGCACCUGAGAAACCACCAAGAAGUUUUGAAAAUAAAUAUUUUGUGAGCAUUGGUGAUGAAAAUAUUGAUGGCAUCCAGAUGAGAAGGCUUGAUUCUGUAGCCGGAAAUGUUAUCGAUUAUGCUAAUUCUGAAAAUAAAACUGCUAUGCCUGCACCUGAGAAACCACCUAGAAGUUUUGAAAAUCAAUAUUUUGUGAGCAUUGGUGAUGAAAAUGUUGAUGGCAUCCAGAUGAGAAGGCUUGAUUCUGUAGCCGGAAAUGUUAUCAAUUAUGCUAAUUCUGAAAAUAAAACUGCUAUGCCUGCACCUGAGAAACCACCUGGAGGUUUUGAAAACACAUAUUUUGUUAGCGUCGGUGAUGAAAAUAUUGAUGGCAUCCAGAUGAGAAAACCUGAUUCCUUAGCCGAAAAUGUUAUAGAUUGUGUUACUUCUGAUAACAAAAAUGCACCUGAAACUGAUGAAAAACCUUUAGGAUUUGAAGGAAAAUUUUCUGUUUCCAUUGUUGAUGAAGAGAAUGGUGGCUUCAAUAAGCGAAGCUAUGAUCCUGUCAGUGCCAUCUACAGAAAGUUAUCUUACAAAGAUAUUCCAGGGCAUCAUUAUAAAAGGCGUAGUUCUAUCAAACUUGCAAAAUUUUAUUGCCAUCAAGCAAAACAUGGAGAACGUGUCCGAUCGAAUUCUCAUUUUCGUCCAAGAAGAACCAAUACCAAUGUAACCGAUAACGGAAACUUGAGUGACAUCGCUACUACCAGCAACCCCAUUAGAGGCCUUCCACGUCGAGGAUGGAGAAAACCACGUGAAGAAGUUAAGCCAAGAGACCACGAUAUAAUAAAUAGAGCGCUGGAACAGUUCUUGGAUGAGAUCUAUAUGGAUUCCGACGAUGCAGAUGAGAUUAUGUUUAAGAGAAUAAAGAGGAGAAAGAGCGUAUAAGAGAAAAAUUAUUCUUAUGGCAUCCGUAAAGAUAUUUUUAAUUGUAAUUCACUUUUUAAUUUAAAUUGAAUGUUAUCCAUUUGAAAUUUAUUUUAUUUACGCCUUAGUAAUGCUAUCCAAAAGUUUGAACAAUUUAAAGCAAAUAAUUUUGAAAGAAAUUAUGAUAGAAGUAAAAAAACAGAACUUUUUUAAAAACACCUUCCUUUUUUCCCUGUAAAAAACCCAACUUUUUGUUAUAUUGCAAAGUUUACGUUUCUUUUUAGUUUCGUACUUAUUUUGAAAUGAAGAUAGUAUUUUUACACUAUUUUUAUAGUUUACAGUAUUUUUAUAGUGAUAUUUAUAUCAAAAGUAGUAUUUUUAGUCUAACCAUAUUUUUUUUCACAAUUAUUUAGUUGUAAUUUGUUCAAUUUGUGGAUGGCAUUACUGAUGCCUAUACAAGGUGAGUCGGGAGGAACGCGCCAAACUUUAAGGCUGUAUAAUAUACGUAAAAAUAAUCAAAAAUAACUCAUAUGUUGUUAUUCGAUUUUCAUUUGUUUCCGAGAUAUGGGGUGUUAAAUUUUUUCUUACAAACUGACGAUUCAUCUAUUGCUUUAAAACCGGUUGAGGUGUGCAAAUGAAAUUUGGUGGGUUUUAAGCCAUAGUUAUUGCUCAUAUUUUGACAAACAAUUAAGAACUUUCUAUUCACCCUUGCGCGUACGGAUAAGGUUCUGAAAUUUUUUAAAGAAAAAAAAUAGUACGCCACUGAUGUAUUUCAAAUUAAAAAUUAUUUUUGAAUUCCAUGUUCAAUUUCUGACAGACCAUCUAUCUUCAUGUUUGUUCAUAGGACGCUUCGUUUUCAUACAAAAAAUAAAAUAUCUUAACGCUUACAAAGUAUUGGAAAUAAGUUUCUACACAUUCAUAUUAUAGAAACUUCGUCGAAAACUUUGUAAGUGUUUAAGAUAUUUUAUUUUUUGAAAACCAAGCUUGCAUGAAAAAAAGGAAAGAUAGAUUUUUUGUCACAAACUGAACGAGGAAUUCAAGAAAUAUUUUUAAUUUGAAAUAUUUCAGUGGCGUACCAUUCUUAUCUUUAAAAAAAUUCGGACUAUUACCCGUACGCGCUCCAAUGGUGAAUAUAAAAUUUUUAAUUGAAGUUCAAAACAUGAGCAAUAGCGAUGUCUUAAAACCCACCAAAUUUCAUUUGCACACCUCAACCGGUUUUAGAGCAAUAAAUAAAUCGUCAGUUUGUAAUAAAAAUUUUAACACUCCGUAUCUCGGAAACGAAUGAAAAUCGAAUAACAACAUAAGAGUUAUUUUUGAUUAUUUUUACGUAUAUUAUACAGUCUUAAAGUUUGGCGCGUUCCUUCCCACUACCCAGUAUACAGUGCAUUUGAAACUGGAUAAUAUUUAACUGUAAUUAUCAUAGCAAUGUAGCACUGUAAUAGCUUAGUUUAUAUGCUAGAGACUUCUACAAGGUCUUCUUUUAAUGCUUUUAUUAAGUAGUUUAAAAAAUUAUAGCACUUUUUUCUAGUAAAGUGGGCCUUUUUCCUUUUAUUCUUUGUUGAUUUUUUAAAAUUUUUCAUUAAAUAUGAAAUUGUGACUUUCAAUGAGUUAAAAUUAAGGUUUGUAUUGCGCUUUCAACAAAAAUAGACAAAGCAUAUUUGA